UCUAUCUAUUCUGCAAGAAGUGACUCAAGAUUCAAGAUUCGACAUUGGACUUGCGAAAGGAGUUUUGCAUUUGCUUUGGUUGUUGGAUUCAGUUUUUGUUGUUCUUUCAGAGGACAAAAGUGUCAGCCUUCGAACUUGGCCUGCCUACAAGCACUGCUUACUUGGGAAUACAACUGCCCCUAGUAGUACUACUACUACACACUGUUCUUUCUUACCACCAUCGCCAGUCGUGGUCGUCGUCGUCGGAAGAAAGAAAUUCCAUUCCCCCAUUCGAUGCAUUCUACUGACUGGGUUUACUUUGCUCUAUAGCCUGUCUGCAGCCCCAGCUUUUAUUCCUAUGAUUCUCUCUUUCUGUACAUAAUGCGAACAUGGGAACAUACAUAAGCUCCCCAUAGGCGACGAGAAGGAAAAGGAAGGCUUGGCUCAACUCUGGGCUAUUCGCUGCAGUUUAAAACUUUGGGUCGAAGAGAGCGAACCAGCGUCGAGCGAGCUAGUGCAGCAGCGUUCUCGAAGUUGUUGAGCGUGGUGUAUAGCUUCCCUGGCACUGAGUAAUUCCCAUGUAAUUGGAUUGGAGUCAUAUACUGCUUUUGGUCGUUCAAGAGUGGAGAAGAAUUAUAUGAAGCACAAGGAAAGUGGAAGGGUGCAUCUCAAAUUUCAAAUUCCCCUCGACACAUACCCCCAAAAAACUACAAGUUUCUGAGGAUUUCAAACCAAAAAAAUAACACUGCAAAAAGUGGGUGCCUGUGUAAACUCCAGCAUAUACAUAUACAUACAUACUCAUUGUUCUUCUCACACAGGGAAGGUUGUUGGAUGUGAGAGAUGCGACUCAUCUCAUUAUUGCAGAUUGGCGACGACGACGACGAGUAAGUGCAAGUGAAGUAACACAUAACAGCACACAGAGAGAUAAUUUGGGACGUGUAAUGGUUAGUUGGUGAAUGCAAGUUGUAUUGGAUAGUUAAGUUGCUGUAAUAAUAAUAUCCAGCCAAGUUCCAUCUCUCUCUCACAUAUAUGCGCAUGCAUGCAUAUAUGUGAGACUGCAAAACAGGAGGAGAGGAGGAAACGAAUAUUAUUACAAUUAGGUCUGCACAUCUAUAUCUAUGCAUAUUACUGCUAUGUAGUCGUUGGUAAAAGAAGUGUGUGGAAAUACGAGAGAAACUGAAACAUUGGUAAAGCUUUUAGCAGCUACAUUUAUGUGCUCGCUGAGCUUAACCUGAACUGACUUUGGUCUCAGUUAUCAAACGAACUUUAUUCCGAGUAGUAAGUAAACCCAGCUGGGGUCGAGAUAUUAGAAUUACAACAAACAGUAAACGGGGGUAGUUGGAGUUGGUGAAUGACAUGAAAAGUGAAAAUCGUGGUCCAAUCCAAAUAUAAAUAUUAAUGCUCCCAUCAUCGUCGUCCACUGGACUGCUCCACAUUUUUGCUGGCCACCAGAAUCAGCAUAAUCCAUAAUACUUGUUUGGCGAAAUAAUAUUGUUCCGUCUCCCCAACAAAGAACCACCACACAAAAGACCAGCUUAACCGUGUGUGUGUGCCCAGAAUAUCGAGACUGAGAUUGGAGCAACGAAGAAAAUUAGUCAAGUGAAACAAUAACAUAAUGGUGAAAUAUGAAAAGCAGUUUCUGUGUUCACGUAUUCUUCUUCUUCUCUCUUAAUAAUAUGAACAAUCAGCUCUCACAUUCGCAUCCAGAACGACAAGGGAACUGCUCCUAAUGCAACGAGUCUUCUUGGCUUGAAAACCAUCAGAAGAGAGAACGAACGGUACAGAAGAUCGAAGUACGGAAGAGACGACUCAUCCGCGAUCGAUGGUCCACCCUACUUACUGCACUCUGACUGUCCCGAAAACAUGUACCACGCUUGUGUUCAUAACCAUUUCUCGUAAAAACGUCUUCCGAACCCACCGGUCAAUACCAAAUUAAACAAUAAACUUUUUUUGGAUGAUGGAUGAUACAUAUAUAAUCUGCCUUUUCUCUCUGUGAGUUAUCGCCCUUGCACGUAUAUUCGUCGUCACACCUCGCAUCGCAUUUUAAUGAUUCCCACUGAUCACCAAUUCAUAAAUUGGUCGUCGUGCUGGUGGGUGAAUUUUGCUGAUUCGUUGAAGUGAGUGAGGAAGUUGGUGAUGGAUGGAGGAUUAAAUGGGAGCUAGUAGCAAACAGGGAACCGUGUUAUUGUGAAAGUGGUGGCGUGGCGUGGCAGUGGCGACUGGAAAGUUAAGCCAAUUGUGUAAAAAAAGUGUUCUUCUUCGGUCGUGGUGGUUGUUGUAGUGAACGACCGAGCGAAGGUCACCAGCUAAAAGAGUACUCAACACCGGAAAUCAUCAUCCAGCUACAACAUGAGUUUCAUCUGCAUUGUUUGCCGCGACCUGUUGACAAACCGUCCUGAUAAUCAUGCUCCUGGCACCGUGGACAUCAUUUCCACAAAAUGCGGCCAUCUAUUCCACGCUCACUGCUUAUCCCAAUGGUUUCACAAGCAGCAACAGAAAAAUCUUACCAACUACGAAUGCCCUUAUUGUAGUGCUAUUCUUACACAAAAUGACGUCCUGAGAAUAUUUCCUUCGGAAGAUGAAGAGACUGAAGAACUCGCAGCCAAGUUCAACGAAGCCAAAGUGAAGAUUGUCCACAAAGAAAUUAGUCAACUAAAGUCCAAAUUGGAUGAAUAUCGAGCAAAAUAUGAAGAAGAACAACUGGCUCAUGAAUCCUUAAAAUUUGAUUAUGCCCUAAAGUUGUCUGAAAUGGAACAAAUUAAACGAGACCAUGAGGCCGAUAUGAGUCUGCUGGACGCUCCUCAGUCCACCUGGAAAGCAAUGCUGGACAAGGAAAGGAAAUCGAAGACAAAGAUUCUCAAAACGAUGACCACUUUGGAGAAACGGUUCGCCAAACAAAAGUCAGAAAUGGACAAGGAUUCGAGGCGGAAGGCGGAAGAGGCACAAAAAUUAAUUUCUGAACUUCGAACGCAAGCUGAUUCUCUCAAGAAAAAGUUAGAACGUUUACAUAGUCAACAACUGCAACAACCUUUUCGCCCAGUAUUUCCCACGGCUGCUACCUCAGUGCCCUCGACAUCAUCGACGGGACCAGUUUCCAUGAGUGUGAUCUCUUCCUCCUCCUCAUCGUCAUCAUCAUCUUCACAGAGUCGUAGAAGAUCGGCCCCCAAUCCCCCACAAGCAAUGAUUUUCUGUCCAAAUGUGACAAGUUCCUCUCAGAACCAGGGUUCUCCCAUGUACGGAAUGCCCAACUUUCGUCCACCUGGAGGACAAAGCCAUUUCCUUAACCCUCCGAAUCCUGCGCAAAAUCCGUAUCAAAAUUUGUUAAGUGCCGCUGCCGCUGCUGCCUCCUCAGCCACAACUUCUAAUAACCCAAACCAAUCAAGAAACAACAAUCCAUCUUCCAAUGGAAAUUUCAAUCAAAACCAGUCUUCGUCGUCCUCUUCAAGUUCCACAUCAACCUCGUCACAGGGUCAUUUCCAGAAUCCAAACGCAUCUGGGGGAACGACCAGUUUUAACCCCAACUUUCAUGCGUCUCCAUUCCCCCUUCCACAGGCCCAUAACCCAAGUCUUCAUGGUCCCCCACCAAUGCACCUUUCCAUGCAUUAUCCCUCCUUCUACCUUAGCUCCAACAACUCGAGGAAUCGCUACCCCCCAACCCCAUAUUCCUUCCCAGGCACCCCUCACUUACCGAGCUCUGCAAGUUCCUCAAUUAGUGGUGGAGACGCAGCUCAUGCUCAACAAAAUGAUAGCAGCAAUGCCGCCGCCGCAGCAGCAGCAAGACUGUUGCCUGCGCAUGUACAAUUCUAUAUGCAAACUGCGACCACUGCAGGUAUGACGGAAACUGUGGGAGUCGCUGCCUCAUAUCCCUCCUUCUUGACGCCUAGCAUACAUCCCCCACCACUCUCGCCCCGACAUUAACGACGCAUUUUUAUUUUUAUUGAUAUAAAUACAUAUGUCAUAGAGUAGUAGGAAGACUAAUAAUAAUAGAUAAGAAAAUACACGAAUGAUCAACAUACAUAUGUAUAGCGAACUGAAUGUAUUAUUCCAGAGACGCCUCUCAGAUUAUUAUAUAUGUCCUAGAGCACAUUGCCGACAAUAUCAUAUACGAAAGGAAAUGAACAUUCGGUCCAAGCGCAUGUAUGUAUGUAGUUUAUUUUAAAAUGUGAUGACCUCUGUACUACUCGGCAAGCACAAUUUGAGAAAUUAUCGCUUUAACUCGAUCAAUCAUUUGUUAUUUAGAUUAUUAGAUAUUUUGAUAGAAUGUGACUCAUUUCAAUCAGAAAUGCAUGUAUUACAUAUGUUUUAACGUAACCAUUAUUAGUUUGAGGAAAACUUUGUAUCAUCAGAAAACCUAAUUUCUUUAAUGUGUACAAAAUUCGUUGAUGACAGGUUUUAAUAACCUACGUAUACCAUCAUAUUUGUAAAAACUAAUCGCAAUUGAUUAUGCAAAUCGUGCCAAACUCUACUAUAUAAAAUCGUGUCCUUGUUGUAACGGUCUUUAAUAAUCAAUCGUCAAAUCUGAGACGCCAAGCCUAUAUCCGAAAGAAAGACGGUAUAUGUAAUAUCACAUAGCGUCUCAUCGUUUCAAGAUUUUUGUAUAUUACACUUCAAUAAGUCUAAUAUUGUCAACCAAAAAUAUGAAAAAUAGUGUGCAUUAAAGACAAUUAGCAUUUUAACGUAUUACUUACUUAUGCUCACACACCACAGAUUGUGGUUUUAUGAAUUUUUAUCAUCAUCGGUUAAAGUUUCAAUCAUUUAUAAGUCUGCUGGCAUUAAAAGUAUGGAUAUUCUUGUGUUGAUCGUUCUCAGUCGUUGGUAUGAUUAAUUCUUUUUAAAAGGACAGGAGAUGGGUAUUUUAUGUAAUAGCUUAUAUUACGUGUUGGGCUUCUCGACACGUAUUUAAAUAGAUAUCAUUAUUAGAAUAGUAUUUAUUUAGAAUUACGUUGCAUACCAUACACGCCGUGUUUAGUUAACUAAAACAGGCGAUUAGUGAUUCAUUCCUUGUGAUGCAUUACAAUUACAAAAUAGUUUUAUUAUUUAGAUAUUAUCCUAUGUUCACGGAUUAACGAUUACAAAAAUUUUAAUAGUUAACUACCAGUCGCAUUAAUUGUUGCACUUUUACCUGGUCCAUGAUCUCCAAUUAUCUUUUGACAUUUAUUAUGACAAGUUAUGAUAUCGGGAAGCAAUGUUUUUAAACUCCAACAUCGCCGUAAAGAAGCUGUAUCAUCGGUCUCAAACUUUCAAACUUACAACGACCACCCAGGUCAAAUCGAUUGUAAUAUUGCUCUUAAAUAACUAAUAUGACAAUAUUAGUUCCUAAUUUUUUGGUUCAAAUAGAGUAAUAUAAUUUUUAACUAAUGUUGAAGCCGCUAAAUUACAAAUGUGAAAGACUUUAAGUUUUUGGACUUGAUUGAUAAUUUAUAUUUCAGGUGUAUCUACUGUCUAUGCAAAUUGUAAAGUACAACACACAAAACAAAAUGUUCGGUCUGGCUAUUCUUUUGCGUUCUUUCUUGCACAAAUGACAUUCAACUUGCUAAAACUAAGGAUAAGUUUUUGAGAGGGUGCAAAGGAAGGAAUCCCAAUUUUUGUCUUCCAUAACGAACAGGGGAUAGCUUGUCGCGAGCAACGUUGGAUCAUGAAGAAUGCAUUUUGCAUUGUCGGAAAUUUGCUUUACGAAUACUCCUCAGCCUUAUGUACCCACCAUUAAAAUGAUAUAAAAACAAGGCGCACAGUUUCGCUAAUAAGGAAAUAUGCCAUGGUGUAUGUACAUAUGUAUUUAGAAUCCAGUGAAUCAUCAUACAUACAUAUGCACAUGGUUUGCCAAAAGUCACGUUGAUGACUGGUGUUCGCAAUUAUUUCGCACGUUAUGUUUCUCUAUAUGUUCAAUAAUAAACCGUGUCCAGGACUAAGAAAAUUAAGGAAUAAGAACCAUGUAAAAUUACAGUCCACACUAAAUCACUCUGAAAUAUGAUACGACUUUUACAAUAUCCAUAAAGUAUCUACAGUUAAUUAAGUCAAUUUAAUCAGUACUGAAUUUUAUUUACAAAGAUGUAUUUAUAAUUAACCAUAUAUGAUUAUUAUUAUAGCUUUAUAAAUUGUUAUUGUAGAACGAGUACAUUGUCAAAAAAUAUGUGGUGAACAGUGCGUGUCGUAUUACGAAUUACUUGUAUGUUCCAGGAUCAAUAUCUUGGGCACUUACCAAAUAUAUUGACGAAUAUAUAUUAUUAAAUAUAUCGUAUGCCAUCGCCCAUACAUAAAUAAGAACAAUAAAUGCAAACUGUUUAUAUUCGAAAA